UAGGUUGAGUGGUUUCCGGCGGCCUCGCGCUCUUUUCUUGAGGCGCUAGAGGCGGCGGAACGCUGCCGCUACUCGGGGGAGACACAGCUUUGCAUCAGGGUGCCAAAAUGCAGAGCAACAAAGGUUUUAACCUGGAUAAACAGAAUCAUACUCCAAGGAAGCAGCACCAGCACCAACACCAGCAUCAGCACCAGCAGCAGCAGCAGUCACAGCCUCAGCCGCAGCAGCAGCAGCCACCACCAAUACCUGCAAAUGGGCAGCAGGCCAACAGCCAGAAUGAAGGCCUGACUAUUGAUCUGAAGAAUUUUAGGAAGCCAGGGGAGAAGACCUUCACCCAGCGUAGCCGCCUCUUUGUGGGAAAUCUCCCUCCUGACAUCACCGAGGAGGAGAUGAGGAAGCUGUUUGAGAAAUAUGGCAAGGCAGGCGAGGUGUUCAUUCACAAGGACAAAGGCUUUGGCUUCAUCCGCCUGGAAACCCGCACUCUAGCUGAGAUUGCUAAAGUGGAGCUGGACAACAUGCCCUUACGUGGAAAGCAGUUGCGAGUGCGCUUUGCCUGCCAUAGCGCAUCCCUGACGGUUCGGAACCUGCCUCAGUUCGUGUCCAAUGAACUGUUGGAGGAGGCUUUCUCUGUCUUUGGCCAGGUGGAGAGGGCUGUAGUGAUUGUGGAUGAUCGAGGGAGGCCUUCAGGGAAAGGCAUUGUGGAAUUCUCAGGGAAGCCAGCUGCCCGGAAAGCUCUGGACAGAUGCAGUGAAGGGUCCUUCCUUCUGACCACAUUUCCUCGUCCAGUGACUGUGGAGCCGAUGGACCAGCUAGAUGAUGAAGAAGGGCUCCCGGAGAAGUUGGUCAUCAAGAACCAACAAUUCCACAAGGAGCGAGAGCAGCCACCUCGAUUUGCCCAGCCUGGCUCCUUUGAAUAUGAGUAUGCCAUGCGCUGGAAAGCACUGAUUGAGAUGGAGAAACAGCAGCAGGACCAAGUAGACCGAAAUAUCAAGGAAGCCAGAGAGAAACUGGAGAUGGAGAUGGAGGCUGCUCGCCAUGAGCACCAGGUCAUGUUGAUGAGACAGGAUUUGAUGAGACGCCAGGAAGAGCUUCGAAGGAUGGAGGAGCUGCAUAACCAAGAGGUGCAGAAACGCAAACAAAUGGAGCUCAGGCAGGAGGAGGAACGCAGGCGGCGUGAGGAGGAGAUGCGACGGCAGCAGGAAGAAAUGAUGCGACGGCAGCAGGAGGGCUUCAAAGGAAACUUCCCUGAUGCGAGAGAGCAGGAGAUGCGGAUGGGCCAGAUGGGUAUAGGAGGUGCUAUGGGCAUAAACAACAGAGGAUCCUUGGGAGGUGCUAAUGUACCAGCUGGUGCCCCAAGUGCUCCAGGGCCUGGUCCAAUGAUGCCAGAUGGAACCAUGGGAAUGACCCCACCACCCAGUGACCGCUUUGGCCAGGGUGGUACAAUGGAAGGACUUGGGGCAAUGGGUGGAAACCCUCCCGCAUUCAACCGAGGAACUCCUGGAGGGGACUUUGGCCCAAACAAACGUCGCAGAUACUAAUAGAGUCACAGUGUCGAGUUUCCCCGGACCCUUUUUGGACUAGCCAGGAUUCUACCUUAGAGGGGUGUUGGGGCUCCGCUCCUCCUGCUAGUUAGGCCUCCCACUUGAACUAUUCUAGGUAGGAAAUUUGCUGAGGGCAGAGAGGGGUUAGGGAGGGGCAUUAGCGAAGCAGUUCUAUGUGGCGCAUUCCUAAAACUUCAAUGUGAAGGCUAAGAAGGGGAUGGGGGAGGCCACGGCACAAGCAGACCCGGCUCUAUCCCUGGUUCCCUUGACCAUUCCACCUUUCUCCCCUCACUGGUCCCUCAGUAACUUAGACACGAUCCUUAACCCCGUUUCCUUUUUGGUUAGGCCCUCAGGUGUGUCCAUGAAAUUCAGGCAACAAUCUCAGUAGAAGGGCCUCUUCCCUCUUCCCACCCCAGUGUUCCUUUUUACAUCCCGAGAAGGUUUUGUUAUCCGCUUUUAGGUUUCCAUUAUCCGUUUUGUUUUGGUUUUAGUUUUUUAACUUCUAUUUCUUGGAUGGCGGGAGGCAGCCCAGAAUGGAGAAGCUUCACCUCCCUCUGGGGGGUGCUGGCGUGUCACUGUUAACACUCUCUGUGUCGGUCCGCUCGCGAGCUGGAAGGCAGGGCCGGGGGCUGCUGGGUGCUGGUGCUCUCUUAUCCAUGCCUAUAGUUCUUAAGGCUUGCCUGUCUUCCUGGGGCUGUGCUGUACAACUUUCACUGGGGUAGCUGAUGUUUGGCCCUCACAGUCUGCAUUUGAUUUGAGAAAUGAGAUAGGAAUGCAGCAGCAGCAUUAUUAAAAACUGAAUUUAAGCCUUUUUCCA